CAAGUGCCCUUAGCCAAGGGCAGGGAAUAGCCGCUGAGCCUAUCCAGCACUUUGCACAGCAUGGGUCUCUGAACCAGCCGCUGCACUCAAGUCAGGGAAUGCAGCCAGCCCUGCCAGCGCAGCAGCAGCAGCAGCAGCAGCAGCAGCAGCAGGGCUUGGCUGUGAAAGAACAGCAGGGAGGGCCAGAAGGCCCCGGGGUGCUUCCCCAGGAGGGAGCGGGUGGUGUACUGCAACAGCAGCAGCAACUUCGGCCCCAUUUAGGAGGUCAGGAGCUGGGAGGGCAGAUGAAUACCCCUGAGCAGCAAGGGGUGCCCAGCCACGGAGCCCCUCUGCAAGAGCAGUCCUCUCAGCUGAUGCUCCAGCAGCACGGGGAGCCACAGAAGCAGCCAGCCGACAUGGGCCAAGCACAGCAGCUUCUCCUGGACUCUCAGCAGCAGAACCUGUUGGGUCCUCUGCAGCUGCAGCUGCAGCAACAGCAGCAGAACAGUAGCCUACAGCAGCAAAGCAACCACCUGCAACAGCCCCUGCGGACUCACCCAGCCAUGGAUAGUAUCCUGCAGCAAGAGGCGUCUUCUCAGCAGCAGCACCAUCACCAUCAGCACCGGGAUGCCACUCAGCCUCCCCACUUGCUCAACCAGCAGAUGGAGCAGCAGAAUCAAGGGCAGAACAGCAUGGCUCCGCAGCAGAGGAUUGUGGGCCAAAGCCUAGAACAACCUUCUAAAGGCUUACCAGGCCAGCUUGCUCUGCAGCAGCAGCAGCAGCAGCAGCAGCAGCGCCUUCAAAGCCCAGCUGGAACCUCCAAAACACCUGGGUUGACAAUGUCGUUGCAGCAGCAGCAGCAGCAGCAAGGCAUGAUAGUCCCACAGUCAUCACCCCAAGGCCAGAACAUCCUGGCCAGCCCUGUAAUGGGUCAGAUCCGGGCUCAGCUUCAGGGAGUCAUCUCUAAAAAUCCACAACUCCGGAACCUCACUCCUCAGCAGCAGCAGCAAUUGCAGGCUCUGCUGAUGCAGCGGCAUCAGCAGAACUUGCUGCAGCAGAACCAAGCAUUGCGACAAGCCAGCCCUUAUCCAGGGCAGGCACAGGGAUCGCUUGACCAGAGCCGGCCGGCUGCUCCACAGCUUCCCCUCCCCGGCUCCAUGGGGCAGCAGCUCCCAAGGCAGCCCCCUCUUGCUGUAUUCCAGAUCCGUCCAGAGCAGGGGUUUGCUGCAUCUGCCGAGCAGCAGAAGGUCCCAGCGAACCAGCAGGUUGCCACCAGCCCUCACCAACAGGGGCCCCCAAGGCUUCCUACUCCUCAGGCUCCCUCGGUUCCCUUGAGCAUCGCUGGCAUGGCCUCUCUGCCGCAGCAGCAGCCCAGCCCUUCAGAGCCAAAGAGACCAUCCCCAUUGCUCCUGGCUAAAAGCCCCGAACAGCAGCCAACCCCCAGCCAGAAACACCAGCCAACCACUCCCAGUCCCCUGCUCUCCCCUGACCCGGCGCCUUUAGUUCCCAACACAAAGGAAACAGUUCUUGGCCCUGGUAGCCUCAGAGACUCCGAGGGCCCCACCAAAGUGCCCAUGGAGCCAGUAGCAGUCAAUGGGCAGGCGGGGAAAUUGGCUUCCUUAGUCGUGGGAAGAGUUUUGCCCCUAUCAGGAGACCCUCCCCUUGUUUGUAUCAAACAGGAACCCAAGGAAGAGGUGGCCCAGUGUGCCCUGAUGAGUAGUCCCCAGCCAGUCAAGCGGGAAGCAAAUGGGGAGCCUGUGGCACAGGCUGCUGUUGCUGCUGCUGCAGCGGCAGCAGCAGCGGUGGCGGCCUCCACUAACAGUAACAGCCUCAGCCGCACUGAAGCUGGCCACCUCUUGCUGCAGAAGUUGCUGCGAGCCAAGAAUGUGACGUUGGGGACUCAGCGCUCGGGUGACGUCAACGGACACGUGGAAGGCAAAUUUGCUGGGACAGAGGGCCGAUUGCAGAUGGUGCCAGAUGUGCGAGAGGAUGCACUCUCAGCAAAGAAACCUCCCCCACCGAAGCCAAAGCGAUCCCAGAAAGCUGGGGAGCGACUUGUCAGUUCCCGCAAGAAACUGCGCAAGGAGGAUGGAGUGAAGUCCAAUGAAGCCCUGAUGAAGCAACUAAAGCAGGAACUCUCCUUGCUGCCUCUGAUGGAACCAGUCAUCACUGCCAAUUUCAACCUCUUCCCCCCCUUUGGAAGCAGCCCGAUCAAUGGCAAGAGUCAGCUGAAAGGCUCCUUUGGUAAUGCCGCCUUGGACAGCAUUCCGGAUUACUACUCACAGCUGCUCACCAAAAACAACUUGAGCAACCCUCCAACACCACCUUCCUCACUGCCCCCUACACCCCCACCCUCUGUGCAGCAGAAGCUGGUGAAUGGCGUUCUGUCUUCUGAGGAGCUGACUGGGCAGUCCAAAGAGCCAGAACUACCCCAUGAGCCUGAAGGACAGAAGGAUGCUCCCCCUGUGGAAGUGAAAAGCUUAGAUCUCCUUGCAGCUCUGCCUACCCCACCACACAACCAGACUGAGGAUGUCAGGAUGGAGAGUGAUGAGGAAAGCGACUCCCCUGAUACCAUUGUCCCAGCAUCAUCCCCAGAGAGUGUCUUGGGAGAAGAGAUACCACGCUUUCCAUUGCUGGUUGGAGCCAAGUCUGAAGUGGAGGAGUGCCCCAUGUCCCCUGUCAUACCCAUAAUUCCAAAGGCCAGCAUCCCAGCUUUCCCAGAUUCCAAACCCUAUGGGACUGUAGAGCCAGUGGGGAAGGAGACACCAGGCACUUCCUGGGACAGAGCCAAAGGGAGCGAGGUCUCCGUCAUGCUCACUGUGUCUGCAGCUGCUGCCAAGAACCUGAAUGGUGUCAUGGUGGCAGUGGCAGAGCUGUUGAGCAUGAAGAUUCCCAGUUCUUAUGAAGUGUUGUUUCCAGAGCGAAAUGUAACUAGUGAACCCAGGAAAGGUGAAACUGAUGCACAAAGCAAAGAGAAGCCAGUAGUUCCAAAGGGCCCUGAAGGUGGACCAGAGUGGCUGAAGCAGUUUGAUGCCAUGUUGCCUGGCUACAGUCUCAAGAAUGAGCUGGACAUCUUAACUUUGCUCAAACAGGAGAGUCCUGUUCCAGAAAAAGCUGCUCAACACUGCUACAUCAACAAUGUUGCCAAUCUGGACGUCCGGCAACUCUUGACGCUUCCUGAAGAACCAUCUCCUCCUCUGUCCCCUUUUGCACCCUCUCCACCAAGCCCACCCAAAGUUCCUGAGCCACUCCCUGAGCCUGAAGCACCACCUCCAUCUAUGACAUUCCCUCCACCAUCAUCUCCUAAAGAAGAAGCUCCUCAGUCUCCACCGAAAGCCAAGCCUCGCUCCAGGCCCCUGGAAGAUAAUGAGGAGAACAAGCCAAGGCUAAAAAAAUGGAAAGGGGUGCGAUGGAAACGACUGCGUUUCCUCAUUACCAUUCAGAAGGGUGGUACCAAACGUGAUGGGGAUAGGGAGAUUGCGGAGUUCAUUGAGCGCUUGGCUACCACGCUUCGGCCUGAGAAAGUGCCACGUGAUUUACGGAAGUGCUGUUUUUGCCAUGAGGAAGGUGAUGGGGCCACAGAUGGUCCAGCCCGCCUCCUUAAUCUUGACCUGGACUUAUGGGUGCAUCUCAACUGUGCACUCUGGUCCACGGAGGUUUACGAGACUCAGGGUGGGGCCCUCAUUAAUGUGGAAGUAGCACUGCACCGGGGCCUGCUCACCAAAUGCUCACUUUGCCAGAAGACUGGUGCCACUAAUAGCUGCAACCGUAUCCGCUGCCCCAACGUCUAUCACUUUGCUUGUGCUAUCCGUGCCAAGUGUAUGUUCUUUAAGGACAAGACGAUGCUGUGCCCGCUGCACAAGCUCAAAGGCCCCUGUGACCAGGAGCUCAGCACCUUUACUGUCUUCCGACGGGUUUACAUCGAGCGGGAUGAGGUCAAGCAGAUUGCCAGCAUCAUCCAGCGCGGGGAACGCCUCCACAUGUUCCGGGUGGGAGGCCUGGUCUUCCAUGCCAUAGGGCAGCUCUUACCCCACCAAAUGGCAGACUUUCACAGUGCCACAGCACUCUAUCCUGUGGGCUAUGAGGCCACCCGCAUCUAUUGGAGUUUGCGGACCAACAACCGGCGUUGCUGCUAUCGUUGUACUAUUUGCGAGAACAAUGGCCGGCCAGAGUUUGUGGUUCAAGUGAUGGAACAUGGUUUGGAGGAUUUGGUCUUCACAGAUUCCUCACCACAGGCUGUCUGGAACCGCAUCAUCGAACCAGUGGCUAUGAUGCGCAAGGAAGCUGACAUGCUGCGACUUUUCCCCGAGUAUCUAAAAGGAGAAGAGCUCUUUGGCUUGACCGUGCAUGCUGUUCUGCGCAUUGCAGAGUCUCUACCUGGUGUAGAAAGCUGCCAGAAUUAUCUGUUUCGCUAUGGACGCCAUCCACUCAUGGAGCUGCCACUCAUGAUCAAUCCCACUGGUUGUGCUCGAUCGGAACCCAAAAUCCUUACACACUACAAACGGCCCCACACUCUGAACAGCACCAGCAUGUCCAAAGCUUACCAGAGUACAUUCACAGGUGAAACAAACACGCCCUAUAGCAAGCAGUUUGUGCACUCCAAGUCCUCACAGUACCGCCGUCUCAAGACAGAAUGGAAGAACAAUGUGUACCUGGCCCGGUCCCGCAUCCAGGGGCUUGGGCUUUAUGCUGCCAAGGAUCUUGAGAAGCACACAAUGGUUAUUGAAUACAUUGGCACCAUCAUCCGCAACGAGGUUGCUAACAGGCGGGAGAAGAUCUAUGAGGAGCAGAACCGAGGCAUCUACAUGUUCCGUAUCAAUAAUGAGCAUGUAAUUGAUGCCACCCUGACAGGUGGCCCUGCCAGGUACAUUAAUCAUUCCUGUGCACCAAAUUGUGUGGCUGAGGUUGUGACUUUUGACAAGGAGGACAAGAUAAUAAUCAUCUCAAGUCGCCGAAUACCCAAAGGAGAGGAGCUGACAUAUGACUACCAGUUUGACUUUGAAGAUGAUCAGCACAAAAUCCCGUGCCAUUGUGGAGCCUGGAACUGCAGGAAGUGGAUGAACUAGCCCCAGGAGGCUCUUUGACAAGGCAGAGGCCAACCCUGAUGGCCUGGCACGAAUGGUGGCACAGGCUCGGUGAGAGAGGCCUUUUCUGCCGGCUCUCCCAACCAGCCAGUGUGGUAGAGAGUCACCCAGGGAAAGCAUGAUUGGAACUUGCCAUCCCAACAUGCUCGUGGGGUAGCCAGGACCCAGAUUUAAAGGGGGCAGUGUCAGCCUACUUGCCCCUGCAAGCCAAUAUUGGUGGAGGUUUAUAUCAAGUUGGUUCUUUUGGCAGUUGGGUCCAGUUGCCUCCUGCUUCUUGACAAGGCAACCAACUUUUUCCCCAACAAAAAGCAGCAGCCGCUAGCAACUCCAUCUGGGGUGGGAAACUGAUAAACUGGAACUCAGGGUUUUCUUUUUAGUAUUUUUCUUUUGUGGCCGAAAUGGGGAUCCUUCUACCCCUGUGCACCUGUAAAUAAUGGACUAUCAGAAAUAUACUGGGGUGGGGGGAGAGACUGGGGCAUUCUGUCUAGCAGAGCUGGGGAAAGAGGGCUGCAGCAUGGCUAUUGAAUCCCCAGGGAAGAAUUUGUAGGGUUUUUUUCCUUUGUGUGUGUGCGUGUUGGGCGCAAGAAGAAUUAAAAAAAAACAAAAAACCCUAAUCUCUAUUGCUUGCUAAUCUACCAAGGUAACAAGAGACUUCAAAGAGACUUGUUUAGCUUGACAAUCCACCUUCCAGAGCACCUCCCUCUGGAUUUUGUUUAAUUUAGGUGUUGGAUUUAAAAUGUGUGUGAGUGUGGGUGUCUAUACGUGUGCUUUUUGGAAAAAGUCUGUUUCUGAGAGAAAGCAGGCACUGCCUUGCAGAAAUUGGAAACAGAACUUCCCUGUCUCUAGCCCUCCCCCCCCUCCAAUCUUCCAUGUGCGAGGAGCAUCUGCACUUGAACCUACCUCAUUUAAAGCGUUAGAUUUUGGUGUCUUUGUUUUUUUUCCCCUCUCUCUCUCUCUCUCUCUCUCUCUCUCUCUCUCUAAUGUGAGCCUCUCGCUGUGCCACCCUUCUUUCUGAGCCCUCUUCCCUGAACCCGGAGAGCCACAGCUGCCCUGUCAUACAUGGGAAACUAUUAUGAGGUGAGAUGAGAAAUGUCUUCUUCUGGACUUGUCCUUUGCCUUGUUUCCUUUUCUCUCCCCAGUCUCCCGGCAACCCCAGAUAGUAUUCAGUCUCCUCGAACUCUUUUGAGGCUGAGCUGCAGAGCUCUGGGAUUUCCUAUCUGUCAACAGAAGAGCCGAACGCACCACAAAGUAUGAGGUGGUUUGAAUAUGCCAGUGCAUCACGAGGAGAGAGAACUCCAGGUCACCAGAGGCCAACCCCAGCAGAGCCAAUAGAUCCUUUUGCCUGUGGGGCAGAAAAGGGAAGUGUUCAUUGGAUUAGGCAGCCGGUGGUUAGCAUUGGUGCACUCUGGGGUUGUCAGGUGGGGGAGAGCGGGUUCCUAGUUAGGCCCCCCUACUCCCUUACAGAGGCAGUUCCCUCUCUAGUCUCCCAUGAUCAACUUGCUGCUCUGAAGGCUCAUGGUGUGGAUGUGUGUGGAUGUGCGCGUGUAAUUAUGUAUGUAUAUAUAAAUGGAGGAGAUUGAGAGAUGUGGGCACAUUGCAGAGUUUGGGAUUAUUUAUCUAUUUAUAUAAAUAAAUAAAUAUAUAUAUAAAUAUAUAUAUAUAUAUAUUGUGUAUAUAUUUGAAAUAGCAUGGGGAGGAAUGCCCUGCCUGCAGGGUUUUCUGGACUGCUGGGUGGAUCUCUGCAGAACCUUUCCCCCCUCCAUUGGGCGGGACGGGAACUAUGGGAGAGAGACAUUUGUUUAUUUGCAGAACUUUGGGUAGGAAGGGGAAGCGUGUAAAGAGCUUGUUUCUACGCUUUCUCUCUGUGUGUAUAUACAUAUAUAUUUUGCUUUUUUUUAAACAUAAGAAAAAAAAUUAGUUUAUAACCAGUAUCUAAAGAGCCAUCUGCCCAGCAGCAUCUCCCCCCCAACCCCUUACAGGGAAAUUCCUUAUUAACCGAAGGCAAACUAUGGGCAUUAUACAGGGGAGACAGUCAGACAUGUGUUUUCAUCCUCUAAAAUAUACACAUGUUCUCCCUGCUGUUGAAUGAAACUUUGGAAGACUGCUGUACCCUUGAACUGAAGUUGGCAUGCGAGAGGGGCAAAAGUCGAAGGGUCUUGAUGGAUAAGGCUCUCUUGACCGACUAUGUAUAGUUCAGAUCUUUUAACGCACAAUUGCACCACUUCCCCUCUCCGGUUUUUAAACACACACACAUCCCCCAGUAUGCCCAUAAGAGUGGCAUUAAGACAUCUAACAGGCCACAGUUCACCGAUGAUCAACAAGACAGUGCAGAGAGAAUGUGCAUAGUCAUAGUCAGAAGAAGGACAACGGGGGGGGAAUAAAAUCAGGGUUAGCAUGCAAAAGUGUCUUUUUUUUUAACUUGUGGCAAGAUGAGAACCAUGUUCUUGAGUGAAAAAGCUGCUUCUGCAAAACCGAUCUAAGCUAUGACGGUUAAAAACAGUGGGAGGUAAUGACAGAUUAUUAAAGUAAUUAAAACUGUAUAUAAGAUGACAUUUGUGUAGAGAAGGGGGGAAUUUUUAUCAUUUACGAAACCACUGGACGUUGUUUUAAAAUAAAGGUUUGAGUUAAAGCCAGUAUACAUUUUUGUCUCUUUGGAUUUUGUUUGUGUGUCUUUCCAUUAAUUUGGAAGGCUGUAAAGAUGUAAAAAAAAUAAAUUUUAAAGAAUUGCUACAAAGGUUUAAAAGCUUGAGAGAGAUUUUAAAGAUGAUAAAAUGACUGAAUAUAAUAGAUUGUCAAGAUUUUUUGGGAUGACGGUUAGAGUUUAAGAUAAUUCUGUAGAUUUUAGCUGAUGAAGAAAAAGACUAUACAAUUUUUAAUUUUUAUAUAAACUAUAACCUGGUCUUGAAGCUAAAAAAUUUUUUAAAGUUCUCUGCCUGUAUAACCGCAUUUGACGCCUUGUCCCAUACAUCUGUUUACAGUUGCACAUAUUAUAUAUAUUAAGUUUUAACCCUUUUAUGAACCCAAAUAAUCACUUUUUUAAAAAUAAAGUGUGGACUUUGUGAGGAAUAAUAUUUUGUGUUGGGGAUUUUAUUACUUUGUGUGUGUGAGUUCUGUAUAGCAAAGAUAUCUUUCCUAAUGAAAGAACUGAAAACAGACUUAUUCCUUAAAAAUAAUAAAUA